CCAAUCAUAGGAAACCAUGUGUUUGAGGUUAUUUAUUUAUCCCGACCGUGACCCAACCCGGCCCAGCGACAACACAAUAUAGGAUAGACUGGCUGGUAUUGCCGUUGUGUUGUUAUUUACCUGCUUAGUUUAAAGUUAUACAUUUUCGUAAGUUGUACAUAGUCCCCGUGCACGAUGGUGUUUGAUGUUCGAAGACUUGAUAUAUAUAGAAAAGUUCCAAAGGACCUGACCCAGCCGACCUUUGCAGGUGCACUUGUUUCUGUUCUAAGUGCUUUGUUUAUUACUUUCCUGUUAGUAUCUGAGUUUAGAUUUUUUGUUUCACCAGAAGUAGUUAGUGAACUGUUUGUUGAUAAUCCUGGUGAAGUUCAAAGGUUAACUGUUAGGAUCAAUAUUACACUUGGAAAAUUACCAUGCGGUGUUGUUGGUUUAGAUAUUCAGGAUGAGAUGGGUAGACAUGAGGUUGGGUAUGUGGACAACACAGUGAAGAUUCCUAUCAAUAAAGGCGUAGGUUGUCAAUUUGAAACACGGUUUUCCAUUAAUAAGGUUCCAGGCAACUUCCAUGUUUCAACGCAUGCUGCCGGUCGAAGCCAGCCUAUGAGCCCAGAUUUCUCUCACGUCAUACAAGAAGUCUCAUUUGGGGAUGAUUUAACUGGAAAAAGUUUAAAUGCAGCUUUUAAUCCUCUAAAAGGCACAGACAAAUCCAAAAGCAAAUCUGAUAAUUCUCACGACUAUUAUAUGAAAAUUGUUCCAACGAUAUACGAAGAUGUAAAUGGUAACCAAAACAUCUCAUACCAAUACACAUACGCUUACAAGUCAUAUACAUCAUCCACGCAUGGUCACAAAGUAUUACCUGCCAUCUGGUUCCGAUAUGACAUUAGUCCAAUUACCGUCAAAUAUCAUGAAAAACGAGCUCCAUUCUACACAUUUAUCACAACGAUCUGUGCCAUUGUUGGUGGAACUUUCACUGUUGCUGGAAUCAUUGAUGCUAUGAUAUUUACUGCUGGAGAGGUGUUCAGAAAAGCUGAAUUGGGAAAACUAUCAUAGAUUAAAAAAAUAUGUCAUGUACUGUAUCUAUUUAAUUUUUAUUCAAUCAUGUCAUGAACACAUCAGGUGAAUGGAACUUAAAAACAUUUAUUUCCACUUAAACAUUCCGUAUGUAAAUUCUAUAAGUAUUGAGAGAAGUGACAUCACUGACAUGAAAAUUGGACUUUAAUUAAGUAUUCACUCAAUUACGGCUGUAAGUGCAAUAUGAAUUCAAUAUCCCUAAGCUGAAAUGCAGCAUGAGAGUUUGUUUGGUUAACUGGUUUCUUUUUUCAAUAAAAUAAAAAUUGGGGUUGAGAUGUAGCUCUAAGCCAUGUAGAAGACUUUAUUUUCAGAGCACCACAUCCUCACUGUUGGAUGAGGAUAAAUUUUUUAAAAAAUGGAAGAGAAUGUUUGGAUAUUUUAAUUUUAGUGGGGCGCUAUAGAAUAUAGGUGUAUGGUGUGAAUGAGAGGAGAAUUUGUAUGAAAAUAGACCAAUUAAUAUACGCCUAUAAAUGAUUUGUACUUAGAAUUGAUAUCAGGGCUGCAGACAAAGAAACUGAAGCAUCUGGACUUAAAAUGCGAGCCACAAGAAAAUCGCGGAAUGUACUGUACUAGAAUUCUUAUAAGGUGCUUGUCUUUGGCCUGUUUUGCAAGUUGAUAGCUUGUAAGACAUUAGUGGCAUAAUUUAUGACUGUGGUAAAUUUUCAGGCCUAAAAAGUAAUGGAUUCUAUAUGCCAGAAUGCUAGAGCUACCAUUAGUGUACCUCCAUUAAUGAUAUUUUCGUCUACACACCUUUUUUAUCUAAAUGUUUUGAGGAUUUAUGGGUUUAUUAACUUCUUUUAGAUUAAAUUGUUUUACUAUAGAUAUUUCAUAAUUUUUAAAAAGGACAAUUUUUAAACUUUAGUUAAGAUUGUUGAUUUUUGUUGGUGAAGUGUAGUUUUUGAGGACUGAACUUAAAAAUAUUUAAGUUAUAUUUUUGGGAUAACUACAGUAUAUUAUGUAGCUUUAUGGGUUAAGGUGCUUGACAUUCAAUACCAUGGUCCUGGGUCCAAAUCAAUGUUAUGGCUAAAAAGACUCGAAUUCCAAAAUCUCAUAAUGAGAUUUUGAAAGGAUGUGGUAAAACGAUAAGGCGUCAUACCUCUAAUUUCAAGAUGCGGGCUCACGUCUAAAGAAGCCGCAUUGUGUCUUCAAGCAAGGCACUGUAUGCCUGCUGCAUACAGCCAGAAGUAUUAAGUUUGUACUUGGUGACAAUUUGCUAAUUACUAGUUGCAACCAGGUUGAAUCUGAGAUCUGAAAUAUAUAGAUCUAGAGUUUUCUAGACACCCUGUUGCAACAAUGUAUAACACUCUGCAGGGAUAUAGGCCUAAGUAUGUCUGUUUGAUCCAACGUCUGGGGCAAUAAAGCAUAUACCUGUAGAGCCUCAGCAUUCAUUAUGUACUAUCAUUGAUGUAACCAGUGGCAGAUUCAAGUGGGCCAACCUUCCCCCCCCCCCACACCUAAAUGAUUAAAAAAGAAAAGGAGAAAGAAAGAAAAUUACAUUAAAAUUUGUCUGAAAGUGCCAUUUCCGGCCAUCUAAUGGUGCCAUAUUCAUAAAUUUCCUUGCUUCAGACCCAAAAUGGUGGGGUUGAGGUGGUAUAGACCCCUUUUCUGUGAAAAUCCCUCAAUGGGCCCCCUCUAUUUCGAAUUCCUGCAUCCGCCACUGAUAACUGUAUUAUAUCUCAUUUUAUUUACUAGCAUAUUUACUCUUAAGAAAACAAAUAUAUGUACUUAUAUGCUUUUAUUAGGAGCCUACUUCUCCAGUGCCUUAAAAAUACAGUAUAUCGUCUUUUCUUGCUUUCUAUAUUUAAUGUAACUUUUAAAUUUCGUGCAUAAAGAGCAAGUUUUUGUGCUAUUUCCUUCUUUCUAUUGAUAUCCUUUAGAUCAAAAUUAUUUUGAAUACUUAUCUUGAACUAUUUAUUAGCACUUGGAAAUAAAUACUAACAUUUCAUAAAUUGA